AUGGAAACUAAACCUCCUCUAAGAUUACAGACCUCUCCAGCCAAGCUAGAAGGGCAUAAACAAGAGAAGGUUGAUCUAAUCUCAGACGUUGUUAAAUUUGUCGCAGAGUUAAAUGAAAGUAGAUAUGAAGGAGAUACAAUCUUGAUCACAUUACAAAGAUUGCUCUCUUCUUCAUUUGUUGAAAAAUCAGAGUAUGCAAAAGAAAUGGAUAGAGUGUUAAAAAGACAAGAUUUAGAUCUGCUUCAUCGGAAUUUUGAUAGACUCAAUACAACAGUUGAUAAAAUUGACAUUAAAGUCAACAAACUUGAAAGUUUCAUAGAUGAUAUACAGAAAGAUGUGAGAAAUCUUCAGUUUGAAGUUAAUAGAAAAUCAGAUAAAACUGAGUUUAAAAUUCUUAAAGAGACAAUGAAAAGUUUACCAAGAGAGGAUGAAAUAAAAAUGAUAAGAUCCAAGUUAUUAAAAACUGCAUCUCUAGAUGAUCUGUAUGACGUCAAAAGCAGAAUGUCUAUCGUAAAUGAGAAGAUGGAAGAGUUUAUGACAAAGAAAUUCUUUAGCAAAGGCAUGCAUAAUGUAAAGAAGGACUUGGAUGUCAAAAUUUCUCAAUUUAUUUCUAAAAGAGAUGCUAUUAAAAUAGUUGAUAAAUAAAUCACAUAAGUUACUGGAUAAAUUGCAAGAUAUUGACAUUGAAAUAAGAAAAAUACCUCAAGCUUUCCAAUCAAUUGAUGGAAUGAAGAGUCAUCUUAAGAACACCGUCCUGAAAAGAGAUUUUGCCGAUGAAAAAUAAAAAGGUUGAUGAAUUCAUUUCAGAAAUGAGAUCUAAAUGCUUAUUAAAGCCACAUCUAGAGUCACACAAAUCAGAAAUACAAUCUUUUGUCCAAACUUGAUAUGAAAAGCUUCAGGAAUACACUAAAGAUAAUAAGCAAGCUAAAAUGAUAUUGAGGAACUUUGAUGAAGUUCUGAUCGAAAAGGCUUCUAAAUUCAGUAUAGAAGAACUUCAGCUCAAAAUCAAAGAGUUAGCUAAUACAGAGCAGGUUAAUGAACUUAAGCAAUACUUCAACUUUAAACUUCAAGACACCAAUAUAGUCAUAGAUAAACUUAGAGAACACGUGAAUGAAAAUAAAAACGAUGUAUUAGGUAUCAUCAGUAGAGAAACUGAAUCUAUUCAAAAGCAUUUAAAAGAAAAGAUUAAAGAAUACCUUCUCUCAAAAACAAUAUCUCCAGAAGAGGUUCAAAUGAUGCUAUCUAAUAAGGUGGAUAAGAACGAAAUUGUUGAAGUUAAGGAAAAUAAAGCUGAUAAAUCUCAAAUUCAAAAUGGGGAAGAAAAGCAUAAAUUAUUUGCUAAACAAAUGCAACAUCUUUCAGUACUAAUCAUUGAAUUAGCAAAGAUAGCGAGCUUAGAUCUUGAUCCAAAUAGUCCGUUAUUGAGUAAUGCCAAAUACUUGCUCCAACAAUCUCACAAAGUGUUUGACUGGAUAAAAUGAUUCUCUAAGAAAUCUGCUCCAGAACCCAACUUAUUGGACAUAAAGAGAAAUACUGAAGAUGGUUCAUUAAUAAAGGUCAGAUCGAUAAUAACAAAGAAAAUGCUUAAGAGUACUCAGAAUAGUCCUAGGAAGGACGAAUUAUUCCAUUCUUUCAGGUCUAACUCUUCAAGAAGAUGUUUACAUAAAGAAGGAGAAGUUCAAUUAUUCAAAGAUAUGGCUGAUCAUCCGAUUGUAAAAGCAAAGAAGAAAAUGGUAUACAGAAGUAAAAGGAAAGAAUCAAAAGAUUUCUUAAAUUUAAGUAAAUUUAAGGUUAGCAUGACUCAAAAUCUUUUUUCUCAAAGAAGUGAGAGUGUAAAUUUAAGGAAAAGACCUUAUGUAAACAUUAAAAGCGAAAGCAAGAGAUUCAGAUCCAAAAAGCUUGAUAACACUGAUGAGGAGGAUUUUUUAAAUAGCUUCUCUAAUUUAAAAAGGAGCUUAAAGAAUGAGCUAGGUAUAUAAUUAUCUAUAAUAUCUCCUAU